UGGUGGCCCGUGUGACGUAGGUAAAAAGAGGAGCAUAGAACUUUGAGGCGAUAUGAGAAAGAAGAAGAACAGAACAGGGGACAACGGGAGGACCGCGAGAAGAGACCACGGCGACGGCGACGGUGGCCGAGGAAGCGGCGGAUGGAUGAGGCGGCGGUGCUGAGGCAGGUCGUCGGCCAGAUCCAGGAGCUCUGCCAACUUUUUGCAUCGCCCACUCUGGACCGACCUCACCAAAUCAAUCCCAGCAGAUUAUAUUUUUUAGAGUUGAAUAACUCACUGGAACAUGACUUCUGUGGCCUUUUAAUGGAGGAUAAGUCCGGCCAAAAAAUGGUUGAAGUUCUUGAGUCUUCACCUUGCAAAAGACUGAGAAAAAACAACCCUUUAAAAUCAAUUGCAACAAUUUCAAGUGACAUGAUGAACCAACAAAUCUGGAAGGACUUUCCAGAAGAUCUUUUUGAAGCUGUCAUUGCAAGACUCCCCACAGAAUCCUUCUUCAGGUUUAGAACUGUUUGCAGAAAGUGGAAUUCUUUAUUGUCCUCAAGCACUUUCUCCCAACAAAUUGCAGAAGUUCCACAAUUACAUCCUUGGUUCUAUGCUGUCACCCAUGAAAACAUAACCAAAGGAGUCAUGUACAGUCCUAUCCAGAGGAAGUGGCAUCAUAUCUCCAUUUCAUUUCUGCCAGCAAAGACAGUACUUCUUCCAGUUGCCUCAGCUGGUGGUCUUGUCUGCUUCUUGGAUUUAGCGCACAAAAAUUUCUAUGUUAGUAAUCCUCUCACCGAUUCGUUCAAAGAACUUCCACCAAGAUCUUACCGAGUGUGGUCAAGGGUGGCUGUUGGGAUGAUACUAAAUGCGAAGACUGUGUCCAAUGGAUACAAAAUAGUGUGGCUAGGAUGCAAUGGGGAUCACGAGGUCUAUGACUCCAUUCGUAACUGUUGGACACAUUGUGCUGAUUUUCCUCCAAGCAUCAACCUUCCACUCUCUUUGAAUUUUAGGUCACAAACUGUAUCUAUUGGCAGUACCAUCUACUUCAUGCAUGCCGAACCCAAUGGCAUCUUGGCAUAUGAUGUGGCAACUGGUGUUUGGAAGCAAUACCUUAUACCUUCGCCGCCACAUCUUACAGACCAUACACUAGCAGAGUAUGAGGGCCAAAUUUUGCUUGUAGGGUUGGUAACUAAGAAUGCUGCCACUUGCAUCUACAUAUGGGAGAUGCAAAAGAUGACUCUCCUCUGGAAGGAGGUGGACAGAAUGCCAAACAUAUGGUGCUUAGAGCUUUACGGUAAGCACGUGCGUAUGACAUGCCUGGGCAACCAUGGGUUGCUCAUGCUUUCGUUGAGGUCAAAGCGGAUGAACCGUCUAGUCAUGUAUAAUUUGUCUACAAAAGAAUGGCAGCGCGUGCCAGAAUGCUCGCACCCUCAUGGUCGGAAGAGACAGACAAUUGCAUGUGGAACUGCAUUUCACCCAUUUCCGACUGCUCGUGCUUGAUGGCUCUUUCUUGAACAAAUGUGAACAUUGGCUUUGCAUUAUGGCCAGCACUGUGCCCAUUCCUUUGAGGAAUGCCUUCAGGCAUCAAAGAUGCAUCAAGCCUUAAAUUUCAUCUUUAUCGGAUUGAAGAACAAAUUUAUGUUCUCCUAGGAGAAAAAACUUGAUGUUUUGAAAUUCACUGUCAUUUGCUUUAACAGUUCAUUCAAAGUGAAACAUGAUGACCUACCCAGACAGUAAAGCUAUUGUGCCCUAUGGUAUGAUGUUCUUUUGCUUGCCU